AUGGCCAGCUGCGUAACUGGUGGCCUAGCUUCCAUUGUCCUCGUCUUCAACCUCGUCAUUGCCACCAACUCACCCACGCCCAAUCCGAUACCCGCCUGUACUGUCAACAGCAUGCCCAGUUGCGAUAUCACAUUUGGCAAGUUCGACCAUCUCGAUACUAGCUUUGAGAUUGCGUGUCUGGACUCCCUGCACAACACAUCUUUCUCUGUUGAGUCUUCGAGCAAUAAUAAGUCCUCUCUUUACACCAUUGUCUUCAAGAACAAGAAGCAACUGAAUCUAUUAUUAAUAGCAAUAUCUAACACUAUUCCCGAUGCAAAGAUACUUGCUUGUCUGUGGCAUUCCCCAAGUGCUGGCCGGUCCAAAUCAGCUAUUAAUGCAAAUCAAAAAGUUGUGCACAAAGGACAUCUCCCAGUUCAAUUUGAUACCAACAACUAUACUGAAUUGUGGCACUUGCUCCUCAAACGUGACUACCUGAGGCUUAUGCGUAAGCAACGUGUUGACAUCCUUAUCCAUAUCCUUGUCGAUGAGGUUAAGUUGGAUCUGCGACAGGAGGAGGUCCAGAUCACCCUUGGAUUUGAUGUUUCCCAUCUGCAGAAAAGUGAGAAGGCUGCUUAUCAACUUGCCUAUGCAAUCGAGAUUAGAGAGCUAGAGGCAAUAAUUGAGAAUUAUGAGGAUGAUACUUGA